UGAAUUCCAGCGAAGCCGCCAAAGCCGCGCACAAAGGAGCCGGGGCUCCCAUCGCCGGCGGGACGCGCGGGCCGGCGCCGCCAUGGACUCGCUGCCGGGGGAUGACCUGACGCUGCCGGUGGCGUUUGAGGGCAGCAUCUCCCAGCCGCCAGACGUCUCCCGCGGGGAUCCCCAGCCCGGCCCGGCCGGCAGCGAAGUGUUACCAGAUGUGACAGAAGAUACAGUCUCACCGACGAGAGCUCGGACCAUGAAGGACUAUGAAAAUCAAAUCACUGAUCUGAAAAAAGAGAACUUCAACCUGAAGCUUCGUAUCUACUUUCUGGAGGAGCGAAUGCAGCAGAAGUUUGAUGGUCCCACUGAAGAAAUAUACAAAAUUAACAUUGAGCUGAAAGUGGAGAUAGAAAGCUUGAAGCGCAAUCUGCAGGAGAGAGAGAAACUACUCAUCAAAGCCUCUAAGGCAGUGGAAAGCUUGGCCCAGGGUGGUAAUGCCGAAAUACAGCAUGUGAAAGAAGAGGCACAAAAGAAGAUGCAAGAAAUGGAAGAAGUCCUGACUAGCAGAAUAAACUCUCUGGAGGAGAAUCUUAAAGCUGCCCAAGAUGAUCUGGAAAAAGCCAUUGCAAUGACAGAGAAGGAGAAAGCUCUGAGAAUAGCUGCUGAGCAGAAACUUGCUUCAAUUAUGAAUGCCCCUGCAAAGGAUCUGGAUAUGAUUACAGGAGCUGAGAAAGACAGACUUAUAGAGCAACUGAAUCUGUCAUUGAAAAGUAAAGAAGCUAUAAUUCAACACCUCGAAGAGGAAAAGUCUCAGAGUGGAUCUUAUGAUGGGAACUUAUCAGCAGAAAAAAUCAGAGAACUUACCAUUGCUUUGAGGCAUGAAAAAGAUAGUGAGAUAGAGGCUAUUAGAAUGGAGCUUAAAAAUGAAAGAAAUUCCUUUGAAAAAAAGAUUCAGUCACUUCAAGAAGAGCUACAAGAGAAGGAAAAUGAGCUUGCUGUUGAAAAGAAGAAUGGUUUGAAAAGGGAUAAAACCAUUCAAGGGCUAACGGUUGCAUUAAAAGCAAAGGAAAAAGAGAAUGAGGAGCUUGUUUCAGAAAUUGAAGAUCUAAAUGCUUCAUUGGCCAAGGCGAGAGAGGCAACUCAUAAAGCACACAUCCAAAAAUUCAAGGGGGCUGAGGAUUAUCAAGCUCUCUUGAUGGAAAAAGAGACCCUCUUAGCAGAGCUGCGCUCAGAAAACCUUACAAAAGAUGCUGAGAAUCGUAAACUACAAAGGAGGAUUAAAAGGACCGAUCAAGAGCUGAAUGAUUUGAAUUUAGAAAGAGAGAAAAUGGAGAAGGAGCUGGAUGAAGCACAACUACAGAAGAGCAGAAGUGACAAAACCAUUAAUGACCUUAGAAAUCAGCUAGAGAAAUUACAUGGUGAAAUGACUGAGAAAGAAAAAGCAGUUGAACAUCAUUACAAUAUUCUUUUGAGUGAAAGCAAUCAGAAGUUGCAGAGCCAAGAACUAGUUAUCAAGCGGCUGACAGACAGCGUCAAUCAAAAGGAUCUGCAGCUUCAGAAACUUGAUGGAACAGUCAAAGAAAAGGAUGCAGAAUUGCAGGAGCUCCUGAAUAAGUACAAGAACCUCCUAAGAGCCAAUGAAGAACUUGAACUCAAAAAUGAGGGCUUAGUAAAGGAAAAACACGCUGCACAGUCUCAACAGUCGAUCAUCAAGAUAGUCAGAGAGUUAGAGGAAAAUAAAGAAGCUGAAUAUGAAAAGCUGAUCCUUGCUUUAAGAAAGGAACAAAAUAUUUAUUCGACGCUAGUGAAGACCUUCAAAGAAUCAGAUAGCAUAAAUAGCUUGCAAACAGAACUGAACAACAUUUUCCUGUUGCGAAAACAGCUAGAAGAAGAUGUUUUAGCUAAUCGUAAUCUGCAGAAGGUCUUAGAAGAUCAGAUUAAGGACAUGAAAAACCGACAAGAUGAAACACUAUCUUUCUGUGGAGACCAAACAUCUUAUAUGAGUAUCUGUUUAGGAGAGCAAGAUCAUUUAAGCCUACAAAUAGACCAUCUGUCUCUUGAAGAACUCAAGAAAAAGGUUGCUGAUCUUCUUUUGAUGGUUAAGGAUCUGCAGUCAAUUAAUCAAGAACUUAAGAAAAAACAGCUUGGACUUUGUUCGACAGAUUCUCAAGGGAAGGAAGCACUAAAAAUAUUAAACCACAGUGAGUGUCUUGAAAUAACAGCGGAGCCUGUGCUGCAGAUGGGUGAUGGUGACAAUGACAGGAAGAUGCAGAACAGUCAGUUUUCUGAGAGGGUCAGCCAGGUAUGCCUUCAAGUGUCUUUGGAUUUUCCUUCUGAGGUGGAUAAACAAAUAACUCCAUCAGGCUGCUCAGAGAGUUUCUGCAAAGAUAGACUUUACAGGAGUCCAAAUAACCCUCAGUUUGAACACGAUACAACUGGCAAACACUUUGGCAGAAUAGGAAUGGGUGAACAUGAAACAGAAGAGAACUUGCUCACGUCUCUUUUAAGAGAAAAUGGAACAUCUGUACUGGAAUCUACCAGACAAGAACAAAUGAAAACUGUAAAUGAACUGUUAGAUCAUCUGAACACAACUGAGGAAGAAGAUACAGAGAAAAAGGAUGAAACAGAUCUUAGGCAAAUGAUUAUUCAACUAAGAGCUGAACUCAAACAUUUCAAGCAGGUCAAUAAAUUCUUAAAGCAGCAAGUGGAAUUGAAAUCAACUUUUGAUGGAAAAGAGAAGCUUUAUCCAGAUGCAGUGCCACAGAUUAAUAAGGAUAUCGAGUUGUUGAAAGUAGAAUUGAAAGAUGCAGCUACACAAACAAUGACUUUAGAGAGUAAUGUCAUGAGAUUCAAACACGAAGAGAAAAAAGAAGCCUCAGAAGACAAAAAAAAAUAUUCAAGAUUAAAUGCAGAAAGAGAACAUCAGCAAGAAAGUGUGUGUAAGAAGGGUGAACAGCAUGAAAGACUUUUUUUUACAAGGAGAACAAAUGAAACUGAUUCUGCUCACCUGCCCAAGAAGUCCCGACUGCCUGUUCUCUUAAAAUCAUCCAGACCUUUAAGAAAUGUGCCUUUGAACUCCUGUAUGAACAAGUCAGAUUCACAACUCCAGGGUGAUACCAGGACACCUCACGGAGGUCUGAAAGCAUGUGAAGAACAAAACAAACAACUUAAGCCCCAAACAAAUGGAGAGUUAUCACUGAAUGGGUCUGUAACUGAAGACCUUGAAGAGCAGCCUACACAGCAGUGCACGGAAAGCACAGCAGUGAGAGUUGACUCGUCACUCAAACUGGAUAAUAGUGAGGUCCAGGUCAAGUUGCACGUUGAUCCUGAUGUUGAUCCAGAUCAAGGGAACGAGAAUGAAUAUGCGAUGGACAAAAAUCAGCAGAACUGCCAAGAAAUGCAAAAUCAUCACAACGUUAGCAACGUGAAUAUCCAGCGCUCAUUAAAAGAGAUAAAUGAAGAGUUUCAUUCCAUGGAACAUGAGGACAUUGACUCAGCCACCACGUAUUCAGGUUCCAAGUGCCUGCGUUCUCUGAAAUUGAGUGCAACAAGUACAGAUGCACCUGAUGACUGUGAAGUCAUAGACGAUAUAGAAAAAAUGAAACAAAGAAUUAAGAGUAUGAAGGCUGAGCUUGAAAAGUACAAAAUGUUCGUGUUUAAUUUACAGACCUCUGACCAGCUUUUAUCGAGUGUUAUUUCCAAUAUAGUUGUGAGUGACACGGCCUUGCCUGUGGAAGGAUACAUUCCAGAAUUGCAAGAUACAGCUAUGCAAGAAAUCAAACCAUUUUCUGGUGUCCAUCAGCUGGGGGAUAGCGAGGUCCACACUGACAAUAAGAAUUCGGAGUCUUCAAAAGCACCUGAUACGUGGACAGCACAAAACCUUAAGGAACUUCUAGCAGCAAAUGAGGCAGAACUUGAAAAACAGCAAAUUGCAAAUGUGCAUUUUGAUGAAGUGUAUCAUCUUCAGAACAAACUGAGAGAAACAUCACCAUCCAAAUAUGAUUCAUUAGUUCAUUCACAAGCUCGAGAACUCUCCUUUCAACGCCAACAAAUUGAAGAGCUCCGCGGAGGUUGUAUCACUUACCAUCAGCAUCUGACGGGCCUUAUUCAAGCUUUUGAGGAACUGCUUCAAGCCAGUGAUGUAGAUUAUUAUGUUGCUGAAGGCUUCCGUGAGCAACUGAAUCAAAGUGUACUCAUGUUUGAGAAGCUGGAAGGGAAAUUCCUCUAUGGAGAAUCAAUAGGUACAGAAGUUACUCUACUUUAUGAAUUAGCUGAAAGGGAUAAUGAGAAGAACACCACCAUGUACCAGCAACUGAAGGAAUCACCUGGACCAUCUGCUCUUCAUAGCUUGUCUGACUUUGAUCUGUCAGAAAAGUCAUCUCUUGGAUCACCCGAGCGCAGGCGUGACCCAGCCGGACAGCGUGACGCGCUGGCGCUGCUGCCAAACACGUUUCCCCCAGAGUUAUUAAUGGAACAUCUGCAAGAAAUCCGAAUCCUGAGACAACGUUUAGAAUACUCCAUAAAAACUAAUGAGAGACUGAGGAAGCAGCUUGAGAGACAAGUAACAGACAAGGAACUAGAUCAAGGUUCUGCAAACAUUUUUAUCCAUGGCUCAGAGCAGCAUAAUUCCCUGGCUUCUGAAAUACAUUUCCUGAGGAAGCAAAAUCAAGUUCUGAAUGCAAUGCUAGCAAAAGGAUCCAGAGAUAAACAAAAGGAAAAUGAAAAGCUAAGAGAAUCUCUUUCUAAAAAGAACACAAUCAUUGAGCAUCUUCAUGAGGAUUAUGAAUGCAUCAAGAAAGAAAAUGAAAAGUUGCAAAAACAAAUUGGCCAAAAGGAGAAUGAAACCAGAUAUCUCACCUGUCAAAUUUACAGCAGUCGUAAUGAAUUAAACAGAUUGCAAACAGAAAUUAAUGUAAAGCAACAUCAGCUCUCUGAGAAUGAGAAGUUACUGCAGUCGCUCCGAACUGAGAUCAAGGUUUAUGAAAAGUUGGAAGAAGCAAGAAGGAAGAGGACAGAUCCCAGAUGUGAUGCAUCGGAAGAAUUCCGAAAAGAUCAGAAUAGUCCACUUGACUUACACGAACUCUUGACUGAAAUACAGAGUUUGCGAGUGCAGCUUGAGAGAAGCACAGAGACAAACAAGUCCUUGCACGAGAAAUUAGAGGAGCAGCUUUCAAAAGAGAAGAGGGAGGAAGCGGGAUCGGUGUCAGCUGUGAAUAUCAACUAUCUUUUCAAACAAGAAUCUCAGCAUCGUGCAGGAGAGAACGAAAAUCUUUGCAAAUGCCCUGCUACCAGCAGAAACAACUGUGAGCUGCAGAAACACGGACGUUGCAUUUCGCUCAUGAAAACAGGUACGCACUUGGCCUCUAAAGAUGAUGUAGAUGGCACUUCCCAAUGCAGCAGCACUUCAUCCUCCAGCACGGCCUGUACCCCUCGCCUUGUGCCGGGCCAUCGCAUGUGGGCAGACAAAAACGGGCGCCACGUCCUCGGCCUGAUUGAGGAUUAUAAUGCUCUGAGGAAGCAGAUAACAGAAGGACAACAGGUUGUAGCAGAAAUGGAGAUUUCUCUAAGAGAGGUGACUGGUACGAAGCUGCAGGAGCCUGGAAUAAAGGUACCAGACCAGGCAUCACUGUGUGGCUUUUCUGCCAACAUUCACACAGUGCAGCAGAUUUUAGAAGAAGCUGCUCGUUUACUGAAACUUCUCUGGAGAGUUUCCCUUCCGCUGAAACCCGUGCACGGUACCACUCACGGCACUCAGGAUGAAGGAAUGAAGGCAGAAGUACUUAGAUUGCGUAAGAAACUGUCUGAGCAGGAGAAGAAGUUACACAGCGCCGUGAAACGCUUGCACUGCACCAACCAGCUGAAGGAGAACAUGGAGAAAGUCAUCAUCGACCAGUUGGUUUUGACUCACGAUGUCUUAAAGAAGGCAAGAGGAAACCUGGAAGUCCCGCCAGCUGAGAAUCAAAAAUCACCUUCCUGUACCAGCAAAAAGAGGAUUAUCUGAAGGAGAAAGUUCUACCAGUAGAGACCGGUCCUGUGAUUGUUGUUUGCUUCUUUAUGCCUUACUAUUUAUUGAUGUAAAAAACAUUUGUUCAGCUCUUUUAAUGGAAUCAGCCUUUGACCAAAAAAAAAAGACGACAAAAAAAGAAAGCUUUUGGUAAAUAACUUAUUUAACAUUUUUCUGUAAUGUAAAAGAUUGUUUUUAAUAUUUAUUACUGAAGCAAGGUACUGGAGGGAUUGAAGAAAAAUCCAGAUUUUUUUUAAAGUUAGCUCAUUUGAAUUUUUAUAUUUGUACUUGUCAUGUCAUAAAACUAUUUGUGUGUAGUCAAACAGGUCCUGAAAGAAUCCAAAAUGUGAUUCACCUUCCAAACUCUUUCUCUACUGCUAAAAGAAUGUAGGUUAAAAAAAAAAAAGAAUUCUGCCAGUUGUCAUUGUUUUGUAGCAAUGUGAGAGAUGUUUAAUAUUUUAAAGCAUUUUAAACAUAAUGGAAAGAUUCUUCUGGAAUUCAGAAGAACCAUUGAGCUUUCUUACUGCCCUGUUAGAAACAUAGGUUGAUGCUAGGUCUGAAAGUAUUACUUCAAAUCAGACAAUUAAAAAGAAAAGUAAUCA